CGGUGUCGGCCAUCUUUAUUUCCAGGUGUUUUCACUUGUUCACCCGAGGCCUUAAUGCUAACUGGCUAAUCCUGAUGGGUUCGUGCAGAAGUGAGUAAAUGGGCCUUCAUCACCGGAGCGACAGAAUGUGGUGGAAAAGAAGAGUGACACCGGGAGUCUGUUGGUGAAUCAGUAUCCGAGACUCAAAGGUGGAGAGAAGAUUGACGAUCCCUGCUCGUAGACUGGCUGCUGCUGCUGCAGGACCUUCACUCUCACAUCCUCACUGGUGCUGACUGAUCAAAGCCUCCGCGAAGAUGAUGAAGCUGCAGAAACCACUGCUCCUCCUGGCUGCUCUGACGCUCUGCUGCUGCAUCGACACUCUGCACGCCUUUCGUCAGCGGGGGUGUCACUGCAUCCGGACGACUCCCGAUAAAGUCCCCGUUAGGUUCAUCAAGAAACUUGAGGUGAUCCCUAUUUCGGGACAAUGUCGCCGGACUGAGAUCAUCAUCACGAAGAGAAACGGCUACAAACUCUGUGUGGCUCCAGAAGAGAAGUGGAUCAAGGACCUGCUCGGAUAUCUGCAGAGCUCUCCGGAGCUGACAAAAGUGAGACCACAGUGUUUGAAUCACCCCCUGGUGGCUGGCUGCGGUAAAGUGAAAAUGAGACGACUGACAAAACCAGCAUUUCAACCACCCAUUCUCCCGCCCCGGACUUCUGAUCGCAUUUAUCAUCACACCCCAUUUACUUACAAGCUGUGAAUUAGAUGUAGGACAGUUGAUUUAUGGUUCAACCUUUAACACCAGUCUUCUGCCACUGAUUGGUGUUUCUUCCCUUUGGAUUUUAUAUUAUUAAACUUUGUUCACUGAGCAAGUGAGAAACUUUAUCUCACUGCAGUUUCACAUAUUCUUCUCUGAAACUGUUCAAAUGUGUCAGCGUUGACAUUUUGUCAUCAGGAAAUGUAAUUUGAAGCAAAAAACUGAUUCUUUUAAUAAAAAUCUGAUGUUUUAAAUCUA